AUGGAGGCGGCGUUGAUACCCGGAUUGCCGGCCGAUAUUGCUCUGGAAGGCCUUCUGCGCCUCCCCUUCCAUGCCUUCGCCGGCGCUCGGUGUGACUGUAAGCGAUGGAGGGAAGAAAUCACUUCGCCGUCGUUCUACCGCCUCCGGAAAGCCUCCGGCCAUGCUCGCCCUCUAGUUGCACUCGUGGCGGCCGUCGGGCACGAGCUGGUGGUCAUAGGCGUCGGCAGGCCCCCCACCGGCACGGUCCACGUGUACAAUUUGUUGACCGGCGUUCGGCGUAGGGGGGCGACGAUGCCGAGGCCGUUGAGGGCCACGUUCGCUUUCGCAACCUCGGCGGUGGCGCGGAUGGCGUACGUGGCCGGCGGAGAGAACGUGCACGGGAUGCCGCUACGGUCGGCGCUGGCCUACGACGUGGCGGCGGACGCGUGGGUGCGCCUUCCGGACAUGGAGCGCCCUCGGAAGGAGUGCAGGGGAAUCUUCGUGAACGGAGCGUUCUGUGUCCGCGGCGGCCAGGGGCUGUUCGACUGGACCUCUGAGGCGUUCGACGUCGAGGCGGGGCGGUGGAUUGCGAAGCAGGGGAAGCUUCUAGAGAAGGCGCUGAUCGGUCCGUGGAUUGGAGUGGCGGCGUACGAGGGCAGGGUGUACAGGUGCGAUUAUUGGAAAGGGGGAGUGGACGUCUGCUCGGACAACGGCGGCGAAGGCGGGUGGCGGAGUCUGGGGGUGGUCUCCAAGAAGGUACAUGAGUUACCGAUACCAGUAUUCCUAGAUGUGGCGGCGUGGAACGGUGGGGUGAUGGUGGUCAGAAAGUUUUAUGGAGGGCAAACGGCGAGCAUUUUGGAGGAGGGGAAGUGGAAGGAGGUGGUGUUGCCGAGGAAGAUGGCGUUGUCGUGGAAGGUGAAGUUGCCGUGGAAGUUCUCCGCCUACGUCCAGACUUUGUGCAGCUUCCAACUUUAG